AAAUUUUCCCCUUCUGCAGUUCGUAUCCAAAACAUCUAUCUGUAGUCGCAGGGAGCACGGGUUAGAACGAUGUUUAACUCAGUCAAUCUGGGCAACUUCUGUUCCCAGACACGAAAAGACAGAACUUCCGAUUUUGGAGAGCGAGCGGGCUGUGCCUCAAAUCUAUACCUCCCUAGCUGCACCUACUACGUCCCCGAAUUUUCUGCAGUCUCCUCGUUUCUGCCGCAGGCCCAUUCGCGCCAGAUCACCUACCCCUAUUCCACGAACCUCUCACAAGUUCAGCCCGUUCGAGACGUAUCAUACGGACUGGAUCCAUCGGGAAAGUGGCACCACCGAGGGAACUAUGCAUCCUGCUAUACGGGGGAGGACCUGGUGCACAGAGAAUGCCUUCCGCCAUCAUCCACCAUGACGGAAAUGUUGAUGAAGAAUGAAAGUGUCUACAACCACCACCAUCACCACCACCCCGGCUCAAACCACCCCAGCACAGGCUUUUACUCUGGCGUGGGGAAGAAUAACGUCCUUCCGCAAGGCUUUGAUCGUUUUUUCGAGGGUGUCCAUUGCGGGCAAGACGGACCCUCGUUAGAGAACUGUGUUCAGAAAGGCGACACCAGCAAGUCGGAUUCGGCGUCGCAUGUGCCCCCAGCCCUCCGUGGAUCCGAAGACCCAGAAAAAGGCCAUGAAGAUGAGGAAGAAAAUACAACGUCGGGUUCAUGUGCUUCCUCUAACGAAAAAAAAGAUGACAACUUGUGCAAAACCGAUCACUCUAGUACACCACGGACGAGGAAGAAGCGGUGUCCAUACACCAAGUUUCAGAUCCGAGAACUUGAGCGAGAGUUCUUCUUUAACGUUUACAUCAACAAAGAGAAACGGCUCCAGCUCUCAAGAAUGUUAAACCUCACUGACCGACAGGUUAAAAUCUGGUUUCAAAACCGACGAAUGAAAGAGAAGAAAUUAAGCCGAGAUCGCCUGCAGUAUUAUUCUGGUAAUCCGCUUUUGUGAACUAUGUCAUUUUCGCUUCUGCGUGUAACGGAUAUGUAAUCUACAUCUAAUUCGUUGAUUACGAAGCCAUCGCCGAAGCACCAACUUCGGAGAAAAUUAUGGUUGUUUCUACAACAGUCGGACUUCAAGGACAAAUAGGUUGUUCACUUCGUAGUCUAUCUUGCUUUUUAAUGCCAUUAACUUCAAGUAUCGGAUUAAUAAUAAAUAUAUUAUUAAGAUUUUAGAAGGAAACGCGCGAAAAGGAUAAAGUGUUCAUUUGCAUCAAGUGAAUGCUCUUUUUCCCCAUAAACAUUUAGCGUGCAAGCAUAAGCUAGGCCUAAGUGACGUUUCACAUGAACUAUAGCGUGAAAGUCACAGUAAUCUCAACGGUCGUGAAUUCAUUGUGGGUUUAUCAGUGAAACUGAGAUAUUGUCAUUAGGGUACAUUAUUAUUAUUAUUAUUAUUAUUAUUAUUAUUAUUAUUAUUAUUAUUAUUAUUAUUAUUAUUAUUAUUGCCGACUUUAGUCACACACUAUUUACUGGGUAGUCGAAAUCGUCAAAAAUUACCAAACUUCCCUUCUUUACGAGACUAUGCAAUUAGUAUUAUAACAAGUUGUGAAGUAUUACUACUUGUAAAUAUGUAUUUUUAAAUUUUCUCUGAAUUUCUUUUUCACGUCAUUAUCUACUAUAGAGAACUGGAGGUACAUGUAGGUAUAAAGUGAAGGCUGCAGGGUUUUCUAUUUCAACACCAUUUAAUAUGUUUUUGCUUGCAGUUUACAUGUUAUGCGGUGAAAAUAGGUGAAAGCUUUGAACAUAUGCAUCAACACAUAAGAAUGUAACAAAAAUAAAGUAAACUUAAUUCCUAAAUUAAACCAACCCA